GCCACGUGGCCUCAAGCCGAAGGCAUGUAGCUUAGAGCGCCUGGCAGAGAACGCGACUCGAUUUCUAGAGCCGCCAUUGAAAUUCCUCAUUGGCAUUCAAGCCCCGGCUGGCUGAGACUUGACGCGGAGCAAACUCUGUACUUCGGAGGGGGGCAUCAUGGAGGAGCUAGACAGUAAGGUAGAAGCUGACGAGAGUGUCAGAAAGUUGCGGGGGGAUUCAGCGCGCGGUACCUCACUGCCGCAUCUCUUUGAUUCUGAGAGGCGCUUGAACAAGUCCCCGGCCCGGAGGACUUUUGCCAACUGUUAGAUAUUGAACACUGUGCCGCACCUUGAGGCAGAGCUCCGUGAAGCUCUUAACCUCUCGUCGUCGUCUUGUCUCCUUGACUCGUUAUCUCGUCGUUAUGAGAGCGUUCGGGGACACUACAGUCGCCAACUCGCUUGUUAUCAGAGCGGUUAUGGCGAUACCAAGGGCAGCCGCGUUGGUGUGCCUCUCCUCCUCCUCCUCAUCCUCCUCCUCCGGGCUGCUCCGCGUGCUAUCAGGAGUUCACGUCACCAUCUGGGGAGUUGUUCCAACAUACAACUCCAUCCCGUUGCACGACCAUCCGCUGAGCGACUCUCCUCGCCCGUUUCAGCCACUUCUCCCAACAGGCACAUCGGACACUGGGCAUUGGCGCAGCAAUGUCACACGCAGCAGCAGCAGCAGCAACGACAUAGUACCCCACGGCGAAUCGCAGGCCGCCAGUGUCUGCAGUAACCUCUCCAGCAACCCCUCCAACUGCAGUUUCAGCCAUCAUACCUCCAGCAGGCCCAUACCCCAGAGCACCAGCACCAGCACCAGCAACAGCACUAGCAGGAGCAGCAACUUCUGGAGUAGCAACAGCAGCACCAGCAGCAGGGGCAGCAGCAGGAUCGGCAGCAGCAACUGGCCGGACAGGCUCCGGCUGCUUCCCUCCGUCCGUGCAUUCAACAGCGCCAAGGGCGUCCCGAUCUCUCUGGAGUACCGGGAGAAGGAGCGGGCGCAGGCAGCGCUGGCCAAGCAGUAUGGUGUUGCAGCAGAUGUGGGUUCAGACAGCACCGCUGCUAGGGAGGCCCACUCUCCUGACAACACAGCUACUGCUGAUGCUGGAUCUGGUGGCUCUUCUGGUGCUACAGGCAGCACUACUAGCUCCUCCCAAUCCUCUGCUGCCAGGAGGCUCGGGCUCGAUCUGCCUCAGUCCGGUGUGGGCCCGAGCCUGGAGAACGUGGCUCACGCAAAGGAGGUUCGGAAGGCUGCUGGAGCUGGGGAGGGUGUUAACCCUGAAGCUGGUCUGGCGCCUGGGAUAGUGGAUGUACCACAUGAGACUAAGGAGUAGUGAUGGACACGGUUCUUCGAGCAUAGGUAGCUGGCUUGUUCCGUGUUGAAUGUAAUGUAAUGUCAAACAUAUUUGUAUAUGUCUAAUAGGCUAGAUAGGCGCGCUCUCUUCGAGGGUACAGCC